AUGGAAGCUACCUACCUAUGGGCACCUUUCUCAUCGACACUGUAUGAUCAAGAACAACCGCAAUAUUCUUAUCCAUCAAAUUCAUGGAAUUAUCCAGUAUCCCCUACACAUUUUUACCCAAUGACAUCAUUUCCAGAUUCAAAUAUCGAUGAAUUAUCACCUACGUCACCUCUAUCGCUUCAUCCAUUGCCUUAUCCUAGCUUACCAACCGAUUCAUAUCAGAACAUAUUGACAAUUAGUCCACUUUCAACUGUCACUGAACCAGUUCCAGUAUCAUCAUCAAUUAGUAAACAUUCAACAACAACAGUUACAACAAGAAAAGAAAAUCUUCGUUUACAAUAUAAUUAUCGUCAGCGGUACAUGUUGAAUGAAAUAUUUGCUUUUAUUCCUUAUCCAAAUUGUAUUCAAAAAUCGAUUAUAGCUGAUAGAAUUGGUUGUACCAGAGAACAAAUUCGAAUAUGGUUUCAAAAUAAACGUCGUCUAGCAGCUCAACGUUCAUCUAAUCAAAAUAAUAAUCAAAAUAAACGUUUAACAAGAAAUGAAAUAAAUGCGAUACAACAUGGUAUAUCAUCAAUUGACAAACAAGAACUUGAACAAAUUUUAAUUGAACUAAAUAAUCAUAAAAAUGCUCCACAACGACUAUCAGCAUCAAAACGACGUUGA